UGUAAGUUAUGAUUUAGAAAAACUGUAGGUUUGCCAAUCAUGUCUAGCCUUUCUAAAGUCCUGUAAUAUUUGCUAAAUGCAAGAAUAUUUAUGGCAAACAACAGCUCUGUAAUCAGUGGUAAUUUUCCUGUCAAAUUAAUUAGUAAGGAAGUUAUUAUUGUUCAAGUGUUGAUAGCCGUUUUUCUCAGCAUCAACUUUUUUCUGAUCUCAACUUUUUUCCGGAAGAAUGUUUUUCAUACAUCUAUGCGUUACAUCUUGUUUGCUGUGACUCUGCUGUCUGACUGUCUGUUUUUAAUAUUGGCAAAUGUUACGCUUAUAUUGAGCUAUUUUGGUUUUACCAUACAAAUGUGGUUGUGCCUCAUCAUAUAUCUUCUUUCGUCUGUUUACUCAUAUGUGACUCCUGUCACCCUCACAGCAAUGACACUGGAGCGCUAUGUGGCCAUAUGCAUGCCCCUGCGACAUGCAGAGCUGUGCACUCCGCAUGGCGCUUUGCAGCUCAUCCUCAUCAUUCAUAGCAUCAGUGCUGUUCCCUGCACUAUUAAUUUUGCAAUUUUUUAUUCUGCAGCAUCUCCUACCUUUUAUACCCAGAGAGGAAUUUGUUAUGGGGAGAGGUUUACAUUGUUUACAUGGCAGAGUCAAUUUAGAUCAGCAGUAAGUCAGUUGUACUUUUUUAUAAUGUUCACAAUCAUUGUUUUCUCAUACAUUAAGAUAAUGAUUGUGGCAAAAGCUGCUUCAGGAGAUAAUAAAAAGUCAACAUGGAAAGGACUCAGAACUGUGAUUCUUCAUGGUUUUCAGCUGCUUCUUAUCUUAAUCCAGCUGUGGAGUGCUUUAAUAGAAGAUGCUGCUCUUAAAGUUAGUCUUUCGCUGUUUAUUAACAUUAGAUACUUUAACUAUGUCAUGUUUUUUCUUGCCCCUAGAUGUUUGAGUCCACUCAUCUAUGGCCUUAGAGAUGAAUUAUUUUUCCAAGCAUUGAAGUACUAUGCGAGUUGUGGUUUGUAUAAAAAAUAA